GUCAAUUUAAAACGAUCCUUAGUAAUUCCCUCCCUGGUACAAGUGUAACUGACGGUAUCACCAAAAUUCCCAAAUCCUCGCAGUCCCGUCCAUCACCGGAGCGCGGCGCUGUAGAACAGGCACGCUGCAAAGACAAGACCAUUGAUGGGUCCAGUCUUCUGGGACUCCAGAAACUAAAGAAUAACCGCAAGUUGGUGCUGUGGGAUUAACUGUUGUUUCAAAAUCAGCUAUGACCCGAGAAGUGUUUAAAUGUAGCAUAAGUUAAGUCAUUUAAGAGAUCUCCAGCUUCGUGGAAAAUCUGACACACGAUCUUUAUUUGGAACCUUGUUAAUCACUAUAGCAGCUCAUUACCUACAAGAUGAGGAAGUGAAAAACUAGCAGUAUUUCUAAAUAAGUGGUUGUGAAAAUAACCUGCUUGGUUAUUGGUAAAAGAGAUCCUUCGUGUUCAUCUUGAUGUCUUGUGUCACGUGACCGCGUCCAUGCUGGCAUGUCAGGAGGACACAUGCGUGCCGUGCCCUCUUAACCUUUAGAAUGGCCGAGCUGACGAAGAAGAUAUUCGCGAGGAAUCGGAAGCAGCAGCUGAAACCCACCGUCGGCCCCGGAAGGAGGGUUAGUGUGGAGAAGAUGAGCGGCCAGGUGAACAAGUUCUCUAUGGGACUUGUCUACAAGUUUAUGAAGAAUCUAGGAGAUGUUCAUCAAGAUGGCGGGAAGUCUGGAGGUGAUAAGAAGGCGACCAGCCAGGCCGCUGCAGAUUUUGAGAGGGGCGGCGGUGGGCCGGAGAGACCUCAUCACACGCAUGCGGCAUCCUCCCAUGACAUGGAAUGCACCAGUGCCCCCUGCAGGCAAUCAAUUACAUCUGCUGGGAGAGUGGCCACACUUAAGGCCCAGUUUGAGGACAUAAUGCAGGGGAUGAGUGAAGACAGCAGGAGGCGGCUGGAGAAUAACAGUGGAAUGAGAGAGACGCAGCAGCACCAGUGCGGCGGUAAGCAAAUGGGUCAAGGAUGCACCCCUGCCCCAAAGUCCAGGAAGACCGCAGGGGUGUUGAAGAUGCUGCGGGGGACAGGGGGUCCAUCUGCACAGCAGGUGCAAGAAAUGAUCCGGAACGCAGGUCAGGUCGAGACUGAGGCAGCGGGAAAAGCUCAGCACACCGACCCAGAGCCGGAUGGGGUGUAUGAGACCAUGGAAAAAGCCCCCCCUCAAGUGGAUGAGAGCGAGUAUGUCGAGGCGAUGGCCGUCUGGUCCGCAGUGGCCAUGUACAGCUACCAGGCUGAGACGGAAGACCAGCUCUCUUUCAAGGCAAAUGACAUCAUCGUUAACAUCGAGAGGGUGAGCGCCACCUGGUGGAGGGGGCGCUGCCGUGAGAGGGUUGGCCUGUUUCCCGCCUGUUUUGUACAGCCAAUCUGGUAGCUCAUCCUUCAUCCUCCCCAUCAACAGACUCUUCGGACUCCCGUCUAAGAAACUGCUUAAAUGUGACCUCAAAUCCAUCCCCAUUAUAUACAAGAGUGACAACCACAACUGUAAAUACUUUUUUC